UUGAAUACCAGUGCUCUCUCUAUCCUAUCUUCUAUCCAAUGCUACUCUCAAGGUCUACACUACCGGUGCUCUCGACUAUCAUUCGGCGGACAAUGUCUUCAUCAUCGACGACCAGACAGGAGAUCCGUACACCACUGGCACCCGAACCUAUCGGUCCCUAUUCCCAGGCCAUACGAUCGGGCAAUACUGUCUACUUGAGUGGCCAGAUAGCCAAAAAUGUCCAAACUGGCCAACUAGUACUGGAACCAUUUGACCGACAAGCGGAUCAAGUUUUCAGUAAUUUAAGGACAGUUGUCGAAGCAGCGGGCGGUCGAUUGGAUCAAGUGGUCAAACUAACUAUUUUUAUACUGGAUUUCGGUAAUUUCCAAGCGGUUAACCAGUCGAUGGAAAAAUAUUUUCGACCACCCUAUCCGGCCAGGAGUACGAUAGGUGUGGCCAGUUUGCCGGCCGGUGUCGGUAUUGAAGUCGAAGCUAUACUACAGUUAUAGGGGACUGAUUGAUAGAUUGACUGUUUUUGGGGGGCGGGGAGUAAUAGAGGGGAG